AUGAAGAGCAUAAAUUUAACAUUAAUUUUACUAUUGUGCAUAUUGCAAUGUCGUCCUACUUAUUCUCAAAUAUUUUUCAAACCGACAACAAUAUUAUCGAGUUCAUUAAGAUUCCGAGGAAUAUUAAAAAAUAUAGGUUUGAGAGGAGCCAUAUUUGCAGAUUUAACGGAUAUAUGGAAUUUUGUAUCGGAUAAAUUUAAUUUGGGUUUGGAAUUGAAUCAAAGGAGACAAGCUCACAACGAAAUCAUUCAAAAAUUAGUAAACAUCGAUUCGAAAAUUUCAGCACUCGAAGAAACCAUUCAAGUCGUAGAACAAAAAACAAUUUCCGCCAUUUUUAAAACUUUUCCCAAAAUCGUCAAGUUAGAAAUUCAGUUAAAUGAACUUUCGAAAAUUCUCAAUCACAUAAAUUUUUCGAGUGAUAAAUUACGAGAAUACCUUUCGUACGGUUUGAAAAAUUCCUCGGGUAUCAAUCGAAACAAAUCGAUAUAUAUCGAUGAGGAAUCGAUCGAACCGAAAUUUAUAAACGUUUCUUUCACAAAUGAGUCGGAAAUGAAUAAUCUCGAAGAUGAAUGGAUAAUUGAAAGACACACGCUUAUAAGUUUUGCUCACGUGACAACAGGAUUUCACGAGAAUUCCAUUCAAAUUUUAUUAUCACGAUUGGAACAUUUAAUUUUACCAAAUCCUCCUACGAGACAUGGAUUAUUUCAUCAGAUUAACGAUCUUUCCAAGUUUAUCGAAGUGAAUAAAUUCGCGUAG